ACAGUCCUCACUCUGCCUUCAGAUGCUUCCACACUCGGACUGUGAGCCGAAGCAGGAUUCAAACUAAACCAAACUACACGCGGCUCUUGUGAGAAUUCCAACCAGGAAACAAUUUCCUGCAGUUUUUAUCUUUUCUAAAUUGGAUUAAGACAUCUGGAACCCCGGGGACGUGUGGGAGGGGAUCAGCCUUGAAUGGAUGAAUCAGCGCUGGGGGAUGAGUGGAUAAAAGCUUCCAGCAGUGGUCCGUCCACAGUGGACCCUGAUGAAAGUUGACUCACUGCAGGUGUGAACUUUUUCAUUUUCCCUCCUGAGAUCAGCGUGAACUCGGACCAAAUCUGAAGUCCCAGCGCUCAUCAGUGAAAUUACUCUGUGCGGCUUCAAACAGACGUCCCCUUUUUUUCCAUCAGGGCCUCGUUUGUGUUUAUUCCACACACAUCAAAUGCACUGGUGCUUGUAAUUAUGGCCCGUCUUUCAUUAUGGCUGUUUGACUGAGGUGACGGAGAGCGGAGCGUGGAUCAGAGGCUGAGCGGAGUUUUCCUUCAAGAUUAGAGAAGGUAGAGGAGGACGAGAGGACGGCCGAGAGGGGAGGGGAAGGUAAACAGAGGCGGCUGAAGGCGGUAAACACGUCCAGUUCGGUCCUAAACGCCUCACACACACACAUCUGAGCUGAAACACAACGGACUGGGACAUGAGCAAAACCACAUCCACCGCCUCAGACAGACCCUCGUGCCCCUGCAGCAGGAUGACAGAGCGUGUGGGGGGCAGCCGGACCCCCCUACCCAGGACUCUGCUACUGCUGCCCCCCCUGCUGCUCCUCAUCCCCCUGACCCUCUGGACCCCCCAGGCCGAGGCCGUGGUCCACUCCAGCUUCCGGAGACUCAGCGGCCGCGAGAAGAAAGAGAUGCAGAAGGAGAUCCUGUCCAUCCUGGGUCUACCGGGGAGACCCAGGCCCCACCCGCCGCUCAGGCCCCCCUCCUCGGCCCCGCUCUUCAUGCUGGACCUGUACCACGCCAUGUCCGCCGAGGGGGAGGACGACGGGAAUGAGAUCAUCGGGCCCGGGAUGGGGAGGUUCGGGGGGCCGGAGAGGUUCGCGCAGGUUAACCACGCGGCCCUGCCCACCCUGAGCACCCACACCCCCCCGCUGGGGACGGUGGUGAGCGAGGCCGACACCGUGAUGAGCUUCGUCAACCUGGUGGAGCAGGAGCGAGACCUCCUUCAGCCUCGUCCGUACUGGAAGGAGUUUCGUUUCGACCUGACGCCCCUCCCUCAGGGCGAGGCGGUGACGGCAGCAGAGUUCCGCAUCUAUAAGACGUUGACGUUGGGCCAGAGGGCGAACCGAACACUGCACAUCUCUGUCUACGAGAUCCAGAGAGACAACAGACACAGAGAACCGGAGCUGGUUCUGUUGGACAUGCAGUCGGUUCCGGCCGGACAGGAGGGCUGGCUGGCCUUCGACGUCACCUCGGCCUCCAACCACUGGCUCCUGCAUCCACGAAGCAACCUGGGCAUCCGCCUGUACGUGGAGACCGAGGAGGACCGCUCUCUGUCCGCAGGCUGGAUCGGGCUGGUGGGCCGCCGGGGUCCUCGCUCCAAACAGCCCUUCAUGGUCACCUUCUUCAGGGAGAACCAGGUCCCGUGUAGACCGCCACGGGCCGUCAAGCCCCACCCCCGCAGGAGGAAACCCAAAUACGACCUCCCACUACCCAGCAUUCACAAUCAGACUCCUGCAAACAACGGUCAACCCUGUAAAAAACAUGAGCUCUACGUCAGCUUCAGCGACCUCGGAUGGAAGGACUGGGUUCUGGCUCCUACUGGAUAUUCAGCCUACUACUGUGAUGGAGAGUGUUUCUAUCCUCUGGGAUCCUGUAUGAACGCCACCAACCACGCCCUCAUCCAGCAAGUGGUCCAUCUCCUGAAGCCAAAUGAAGUUCCUAAGGCGUGCUGUGCCCCCACCAAGCUCAGCCCCAUCUCCGUCCUGUUCUACGACGACAACAACAACGUCAUCCUGAAAAAGCAUCGGAACAUGGUGGUGAAGACGUGCGGCUGUCUAUGAUCUAAUCCUCGAAGUAGGUGACGACUGACUACAGUCCAGGUUCGAAUGCUAAUAGGUCGUAGUUUUCAGCCCAUGUGAGGUCUGUAGAAACUCAUGUAGCGGGUUUGGAUGUAUCUGUCUUAUGCUUCAGAAGAGGCUGAUUUUGAGUCAGUGGCUUUAAUAUUUAAUUAAUCCAGAGUCAUUAACUCUGAAUCAGCAGCUGCUCCUGACGUCAAUUUAAACUCUGAAAAAUCAGUCAAGAAGACAGGUCACAUUAAAUACAUUGUCAAUUUAUUGAAAAGGGUAAAAAAAAAAUUACAGUGAAAGCAAAUUAGUGAAGUUUUUUGCCUGCUAGUGAAUAUCUGAAGAACCAAAAAAAAAGGAUUAAUUAAUUUUGCGGCUGUUGAAAUUAAAUCUUAGACCUUGGAGCCAUUUGCAUUUCCUUCCAAAAAUGAACAUUCACAGUACAGCUGAAAGCAUCAGGUAGCACAAAGCUGUAUGUCAAAGGGGACUUGAAAGAAAAAACAAAGUUUGCCCUUGGUUAAAUCAACAACAAUGGUGUUAUUGCCAAGAUUAAGAUGUUUAAAAAAAAAAAAAAAACACACAUGAGUUGCUGUGUUAUUGUGAGG